AAUGAAAGAUUAAAGUCCAUAAAAAGAAAGUGGAGGUACCAGACAGAACAACCCAAUUUUAAAGUGGAUAAAUUGUACAUGGAUGCAAGAACCACUUUAAUUUAGAACAUUAUGGUAAAAGUGAAAGCUGCAGCUCGAUUGGAACAUCCACACACAAAGAAGAUGAAUGUUAUUUACAUGGCAUAGAUUAGCUCGUUGACUAUUAAACAGGAAGUAUUGUUCUCAAAGAAAUGCCAAAAAAAAAAAGUAGUAAUAAAUACUUAGACAACAAAUAUUAGUCUGGUGGCUGAAAUUACACUUGCAAAACAGUAAAGCAAAUAACUGGUAAUCUUUUGUUUGUGAUUAGUCAUGUUUCAAGGCUACAGCCAAUGCAAGUAUAAAUGUAAGUACAACCCCUUCUCUUUUCCGAAGGGCCCACUGAAGUGCACCAAAUUCCUUGUGCCAAUUAAAAGAUCUAUUUGGGAAUUAAGUCCAUGAUAAAUAAGUACCAUACUUACUAAAGGAGACAUAAAAAAGAAUGUGUUCUUUAUGCUAUUCUUGGCCUUCAAACAAGCAUUUUUCCCACUUUUAUGACUUGAUGAACUAGAUUAGAUUUAAUAACACUUGCUAUAAUUUAUAGAAUUGAUUUUGCAAGAAAGAUAUACCCAAAUCCAUUUACUUUUAAAGAAGAAACAAGAAGAAUCUCCCAUCUCCAUCUAAGUGGAUGAAUGAGUGAGGUAGCAAUUAAAUACUCCAUCCGUCCCAUAAAAAUAUGCACUUUUGGUUGGACACGAGUUUUAAUGCACAAUUGGUGAAGUAAGAGAGAGAUAGAAAGAAAAAGUAAUUAAAAUAUCGUUAAUGGAGAAUGAGUCCACCUCAAUAGAGAGAAGAGUUUCCAUAAUUAGAAAGUGCACGCUCUUGUGAAACGGACUAAAAAUGAAAGACUGCAUACUCUUCUGGGACGGAUGGUGUAUUUAUAAUCUUCAAGACAAACUCGUUUUAUAUACGUGUCUCGAAGUCUACGCACACCAGAUGGCUAAGUUACUAUUUUUGUCAAGUUAAACAUAUAAACUAAGUUUUAUGUAUGAUUGAACCUUCGCAUGCUUCCUUAACUGUUAUAUCCUGUGACAGGCAAAGAGGAAAAGAAAUGAAUUUCUUACCCAAAUCUGGACUUGAAAGAGUUCAACAAGGAGCAUCAAGUCACUGGAUUGUUAAUUAUUUGUCCCCUUGAGAAGAAUUGUAGCAAAGAUGCUAACUGGAAGCUUUUGUCAACAGAAUCUUCCAUUAAAAAAAAUGACUAGUAUUGUUUCAGGACAUCGUAGAUAGUGGGAUUCCUCAAAUGCCCAUCAGAUGGAAAAGAAUUCCACCAUACAUUCCUGGAAUAAGGUUCGAAAACUUUGCAGAUGACAAGUAUGAAUGAACCAAUAAGAAAGACUCAGGUGGAUCUAUUUGUACCUAUCACAGGAUAAUGCAUUUCUAACAUGGCCAUAGUGUUAACCGUGUAAGGAAUUUUAAAUGUGUAGUGCUGUCAGAUAUCGGAAAAGGGGAGUUGGGGACCAUAGAUGCGUGGAAACGGAAGGACAAGAUUUUAGUUCUAGUCAUUACAAAGAUUGGAUUGCAUCUGAUAUUCUUUUACCCCUGCCAAAGAUUCUAUUCCUCACUUGUAUCGCACUCCGAACACCCCCCCUCCCCAUUCAACCAAGUAAGCUUAUAAGACAUCCCUCGGCUACAUUUCAAGUCCGUAAAAAUCGAUCAAGUAACAGAUAAGAGCAGGACAGAAAGCUUUACCAAGUAUCAGAUAGCAUAAUCUUACUGUCCAGAAAAUUGUCCUUUUCAGGUAUGAUGAUCUCCUGAUCCUGAUAUAAUCCUUCCACUAUCUGCACCUGAAACUAAUGCUUGUGAAUUGUCAUAUCAAAGAUAAUACAAUGUAUCACCGUCGCCACCACCAAGAAAAGAAUGUUCAUCCUUCCUCGAGGAUGUCCAUUCCAUCGGAAAGAUGCAUGUUCCUUCAAGGUGUGACUGUGACAGGAGAUUCUGGUCUUGUACUUUCAAGUGAUGCUAAGCCAAGACUGAAAUGGACUCUAGACCUCCACGAACGGUUCACCGAAGCAGUGAACCAAUUGGGAGGGGCAGAAAAAGCUACACCAAAGUCUGUUUUGAAACUUAUGGGCAUCCCGGGAUUGACCUUAUAUCACUUGAAGAGUCACCUUCAGAAGUACAGAUUGAGCAAGAACCUCCACCAGCAAGCUAAUAGUGGGAGCAAUAAAGCUGCCAAAGCAGACAGACUACCUGAGGUAAAUGGACCUCACGUGCCCAAUCACAACAUUUCAAACCAAGCAACAAGAAACGUACAAUUGGAUGAAGCAAUACAGAUGCAAAUUGAAGUGCAACAAAGACUACAUGAACAGCUGGAGGUACAACGCCAUCUGCAGAUGCGUAUAGAGGCUCAAGGCAAAUACUUGCAAUCUGUACUAGAAAAAGCACAGGAAUCACUCGGAAGACAAAACGUUGGAACACUUGGUCUGGAGGCAGCCAAGGUCCAAUUAUCAGAGUUGGUCUCACAAGUAUCAAACCAGUGCCUGAACUCUACAUUUUCAAGAAUAAACGACCUCUCAGACCUGUGUCUGCAGCAGCAAGCACAAACCACACAGCCAAAAGAUUGUUCGGGUGACAGCUGCUUGACCUCAUGCGAAGGUACCAUAAGGGACCAUGAGCUGUACGACAACUCUUUGGGUUUAAAACCGAUGAAUUCUAGAGCACCUAUAGAGCAGAUGACUGACGAGAAAGAUACCGGUCUACAAAAGAUGGAGCAUAGAGGGCAUGAGAACCUGAAAUAUGGUGGUAAAUAUCUUUCAACGGGAAAUGACAAUGUGGACAACACAUUUGUUACAGAAAUGAAUCCCAGUAAUUUAUCGAUGAGCAUCGGCCUUCAAAAUGGUAAAUGGGAUGUUAAUGGGAACAAUCCAAAGGAAAGGAUCAAUGGAGCAGAAACAGAUACCAAAUGUUUAGGGAAGAACGCAAUGAAACCAGAUAGGCAGAAGUCUUCCUCAGAAUCAAAACUACCUUUCUUCCCAGCAAAAUUGGAUCUUAACAUGAACUGUGAAAAGGAUGUUGAUUCAAGCUACAAGCAGCUUGAUUUAAAUGGUUUUAGCUGGAAUUGAGAGACAAACAAUAUAAAAUCUACAUUGAAGAGGCAUCUGGCUCCAUUUUGUUAUGGGAAAUGAUCAUUUACCAGUUCAAAUAGAAGAAAACAGAAAACAUAAAACAGAUUCUCCUGAUUGUCUCGAACAAUGUCAUAUAUCGAGGUGUAUGUAAACAAUUUUUUUCAGCAGUGAUUCCAAAUACAUCACCAUCAUACUCUGUUUCUCUAAUGAAAAUGAA